CUGAGGUUUGUCAAUCCUGCUAAAUUCAGACUUCCGGAAGUAAAGUAGAUUGGAGUAAAAACACAGGGCAGGGUGCUGGACCUGAACUUUCUCCUGUGGAUAAAAAUAAGGAUUCGUGGGUUGACGCAGGGUCCACCAUGGCGAGCGAUAACAAGAAGCCGUCGCUUAAAGAAGACCUGACCUGUUCCAUCUGCUACGAGCUCUUCAGCGACCCCGUCAUGCUGGCAUGCAUGCAUCACUUCUGUCGGGCUUGCAUCUCCACAUACUGGAGGGGUAUCCGGGGUACCGUGUCCUGCCCGCAGUGCAGGCAUGAGUUCCCCGACCGGCAGCUCCAGACCAACUUCCUCGUGUCGGGCAUGGUGGAGAAAGUGAGGGCAAGCUCCGGCGAAGGCUACCAGAAGAACCUACAGAAUCAGCUGAAGGAUUCCCUGGAGUCCCACUGCGCCAAGCGGGAGGAGUACCUGAACAUGAUUCGCCAGGACAAAGAGCAGGUGGACACCAUAAAGAGGGUGGGUGCGGAGCUCCAGGCGCGGGUGCAGGCUGAGUUCCGGGCUCUGCGGGAGCUCCUGCAGCAGGAGGAGCAGGAGGUGCUGGGGGAGCUGCGGCGCGAGCAGGAGGAGCUGCUGGAGCGGGCGGAGCGGAGGCUGGAGCAGCUGCGGGCGGCCGUGCGCGAGGCGGAGGAGAGCGUGCGCGUGCUGCAGCAGGCUGCUGACGCCGUGGAGACCAGCGUGCUGCUGGAGCUUCCGGAGGUGAAUUUCAGGCCCUCCCUGCAGGUGGAGAAGGGGGCGGAGUUUGACGUGAGCGCCUUCGCCGGCAGGUACUCCGGCCCCCUGCAGUACAUCACCUGGAGGAGGAUGUACCGGCUGCUCAGACCAGCCCCCGCUGCUCUGACCUUUGACCCGGAAACGGCUCACCCGAGCCUGUGCCUGUCCCGGGACAAGACCAGCGUGGUGGAGUGCCAGGAGAUGCUGCCGUACAAGCGGAACCCCAAGCGCUUCACGCAGUGCGUCAACGUCCUGGCGGCGCAGGGCUUCCCCUCCGGCCGCCACUACUGGGAGGUGGGCGUGGCCGGGAACGCCAAGUGGGACCUGGGCGUGGCGCUGGAGGCGGUGGACCGGCGUGCCCGGGCCAAGCUGAGCCCGGAGAACGGGUACUGGACGCUGCGCCUGCGCGACGGCGGGCGCUACUGGGCCGGCACGCAGCCCUGGACCCCGCUGCGGGUGGACCCGCCGCCCCGCGCCGUGGGCGUGUUCCUGGACUGCGAGGAGCGCCUGGUGUCCUUCUACAACGCCGAGAGCAUGCGGCUCAUCUACAGCUUCCGCCGCGGCCCCCGCGGCCGCGCCUACCCCUUCUUCAGCACCUGCGUGAGCGAGCGUGGGCAGAAGCCUCAGCCAAUCAAGCUGCUCCAUUUCCCCCAAGACCCCCUCUGAGCACCUCGCCUGACUGGCACGUCACCAUAUUCCAGACUGCUGUUUAAGCCCCCUACAGGCGCUUUCCUGCAUUACAUGCAUUACACAGAGCUCCUGCGAGCCCCCUACAGGCGCUUCCAUGUAUUACACCGAGCUCCUGUGUGCCCCUACAGGCGCUUCCCUGUAUUACACAGAGCUCCUGCAAGCCCCCUACAGGCGCUUCCCUGUAUUACACCGAGCUCCUGUGUGCCCCUACAGGCGCUUCCCUGUAUUACACAGAGCUCCAGUGAGCCCCCUACAGGCGCUUCCCUGCAUUACAUGCAUUACACAGAGCUCCUGCGAGCCCCCUACAGACGCUUCCCUGUAUUACACUGACCUCCCAUGUGCCCCCUACAGGCACUUCCCUGUAUUACACAGAGCUCCUGUGAGCCCCCUACUGGCACUUUGCUGUAUUACACAGAGCUCCCGUGAGCCCCAUACUGGUGUUUCCCUGUAUUACACAGAGCUCCAAUGAGCCCCCUAGAGGUGCUUUCCUGUAUUAUACAGAGCUCCUGUGAGCCCCCUACAGGCGCUUCCCUGUAUUCUAUAGCUCUGCUCAUAGUGCCAUCUAGUGGCACGUCUCUGGAUAACACAGCGCUGGGGAGUGCACCUUAGCGUCUUUGUAUUCUGCGGUUUCAUGGAGGGUUUUCUGCCAGUCACGUCCUCCUCUCUUCCACUGCUUAACUGAGUUAAAUAGCCAAGUGCAUGUCUGUGCCAGCAUGCCUCUCAGUUUACCUUGUGGUCAAAUCUUUAUUUAUUUACAGCAAAAGCCACUGUUCUAAUCCCUGGCAAGCGCUUCCUUGUUUGUUGAAAAUAUUUGAAUAUGCCAAAUGGAGAAAAUAAUUGUUUUAAUUAGCGAAGUUGAUGUGACUGUUAGAGCAGUACACGUGUCUCUGCAGAGCUGAGUUGGAGUCCAUCCAGUGAUUCUCCACAUCAACACCUCCCCCACACCUGCCCUUGGCAGGCAUGCAGUAGUAUGGAUGUAUGCGGGAGUUGUAGUCUUUUCCUUUACCAUGCAUCCAUCAUGUGGUGUGUAAUACUACAUGAGAGGUAGCAUGGCUCAAGUGUGUUAGCGUCAUAAAUCUGAGGUAGAUACCUGAAGUGCGUUAGCGACGUAGCUCACAGUAUGGGCGAUUGAGUGGGUUGUUCUCCUCACUGCAAAGCACUCUGGGGCUGUGUAUCUACAGGUCAGACAAACAUAGAGGUUAUGGUUUAUAGACUGUCGCUAUGUUUCAAGACAUUUAAGAUGCAUGUAUGUGUGAUGUACUUCUUGCACUUUGAAACCACUUUAUGACUGGAAAAUUCUUCGCUUUUAUUCUCCGUAGUACACACACACUCGUUUGAGUCAAGCUGGUCUGCACUACACAUUUUCCUACAGGAACAGCUUGAUUCAGAUUGGCCUUGCUGUAGUAUAAUUGCUUUUCUCAGUUAAUCUCCCAGGUGAACUGUUCAACCAUGGAAGUAGGGUUUAUAUUCAAGCAAGACCUCUAUUUUUAAAAAAUUGCUGAUUUAAUUUUCUGUAAAAUAAAUCUUACUGGGAUCUUACUUUUAAAUCAGAUAAUCUUGUUUUAACUGCACUUUUCUGAAAAUAAAUCAGUUAUUCAAUUAUGCUCAGUACUCCCAUGUGAUCGAUUAGAGAAUGGUUGUAGUUUCAGAAAAUAAACGAAAAUAAACUACCUUCUGAUGACUCAA